AUGGCGGCUCGACACGGGAAACUCUGCGAGUUCAACGCGGGCGUAGAUAAUGUCGAAGACUACAAAGAACGAUUCUUGCUCUAUUGCACGGCAAAUGGAAUCACGGACGACGACAAGAAGAUAGCUGUUCUUCUGACGUCGAUGGGCACAACGACGUUCACAUUACUAAAGAAUUUGGACCACUAUGAACCGAGAAUUAUCGUCGUCGCAGAGCGUUUUCGCUUUUAUAAGCGAAUGCAGCGGGAAGGCGAGAAUAUUGCUGUUUACGUUUCGGAGCUGCGACGCCUCGCCAAACAUUUCGGUGAGCAGCUCAAUACUGCAUUACGUGAUCAAUUAGUCUGUGGGUUGCUACACGAGAAUAUACAGCAGAAGAUUUUAGCUGAGGAAGAGCUAACGCUGGAAAAGGCUCUGCGGAUUGCACAAGCUGCAGAGACAGCCAGAGCAGAGACACAACACCUCCGUGGGGAGUCGACACGACAUGCAGCUAGUGGACAUUCCAGGACAUUGGAGCCGGCAUUUGCUGUCAAGAGAGCGACCACAAGCAGCCGCAGCCAAUCGGUAUUGUUGCGUGCUUUGGAUAAGACGAAGGGCCAUAUCGCUAAAGCAUGUCGGAAGAAGCAACGAGAUAACGCGAAAGAUAGCACGGAGGGCACUUGGCGUACAAAAAGGAAACCGAAGACUCAGUCUACAUAUCAAGUAGAUGCAGAAGAUGUAAGCCUCAUUUGUUCUUUGUCUGGUAGAGGCGGGGUCAAGGUGACAAUAGAGGUGGCAGGCAGGAAUGUGGAGAUGGAAGUGGACACUGGAGCUUCAGUGAGUGUUGUACCAACCCAGAUGUAUAGUGAAGUUCUAUUCCACAUACAGCUGAAGAAGAGCACUGCCCAACUUCAGUCAUAUAGUGGUGAACGAUUGAAGGUGAAAGGAGAAGCUGUUGCACCAAUCAAGUAUGGAAUGCAACAAUCCAUGGAGCGGUUGAUUGUAGUGGAUGUGAGUGAUAAGCCAGCAGUCUUGGGACGAGAUUGGCUGUCAAACCUCAAGCUUGAUUGGGCUUCUCUGUUCAAAGUUGAUAGUGGAGUUUUUGAUGUACCUGAGAAGUUUCCUCAGUUGUUUGCAGAGGGAGUAGGUACUUUGCAAGGCUAUCAAGCCAAGAUAACUUUGUCUGCAGAUGCCAAGCCACAGUUCCAUAGGCCACGCCCAGUGCCUUAUGCCUUACAACAGAAGGUAGAGGAGGAGCUUAAUCAACUUCAGGAAGAGGGCAUUAUACAGCCAGUGGAAAACAGUGAGUGGGCAGCACCUAUCGUCAUUGCGAGAAAGGCUGAUAAUUCUAUCAGAAUUUGUGGCGAUUACAAGGUAACAAUUAACCCCUACCUGGAGAUGGACAAUUAUCCAAUGCCGAUGCACAAGACUUGUUUGCAUCGUUAG